AUGGGCGGAGGAAUACCACCACCUGAAGAACAAAAUAAUUCGAAGAAUUCGCCUAGUGAAAUGGUGCAGUUGUCUAGUAUACUGCCCGAAGAAUUUACAUUUAACACAAACCAACGAGACGCAUUACACCAAUUAGAACAACAAAUGCACGUAUCACAAGUUAGACUCGUAUAUUCAAAAAGCAAAGUAUAUGUUCACCCUAGUAACAAUGACGCGGAUAACAUUCCAGGAUAUAUAUCUAUUCUUGAACGGUCGCCAAAAAAUUAUUAUUUAGCUUGGACUCCAGAGUCAUUACUCUCGGCUGAUCAAUUAGAAUCCUAUGUUCAAGUUGAAGCCUAUCCUGGCCUAAUAAAUUCAGAAGAGGACGAAGGUUGGUUGGUCGAAGAGGGAAUUGAUGAUGAUGAACAUGGGCUUGGAUCAACAAUAUUAAUCUCUCCACCUGUAUCUCUCACGAAUGUGUCAUCUCCAACUGCGGAAACAUUAUAUGCCACUUCUGCCCCGAUCUCUUCUAUUUACUCUAUUGUGGUUUUACCGCCCAAAUUUACGCAAUGGUACGGUUCUAUUAUAAUCAAUCUUAUUGGAGGCAACACAUUACCUGCUUUUGUGUUUCACGAUGACGAGAGUCGAAGCACGAGACUGCAGCGUAAAAGGCAAAAAGAAGCUUCUAAUCAUACAGACGAUCAAGAAGAAACAGAAAAUAAUACUAUUACUUGGGGAGGUGACGAAGUAAUAUAUUUGCUUAAGAAAUUUUGUCAUGUUCAUAGCUCUUCUAUUGAGCCCAAUCUAUUUCUGAUAAACCCAUCGCCUGAAGAUAUAUCUAAUCAUAGCCCGCCUAUUUCAGACGAGACUUCUACGAGCAAUAUAGAUACUUCUAGGACUGGACCUUCAUCGAUACAAAUGGAUCCCUUAACUGCUACUGUCAAAGAAAUUCGAUGGAAUGUUCUUGAAAAAUUUUCCAAGGUAUCACGUUUUACUCGCGAUACAGCAGCUUCUAUCCUCGAACAUCCUCUUGCGCGCCCUAUACUUCCACACCUUCCUCCGGCUGUAAAUUCAUUUGUGCAGAAUGAAUCUACUCACUCCGACACAAAUGACACGCACGAAUUUGAUUAUGGCAGAAUAUAUUUAGCUAAAUGGGCAGCCCGUGUCGCAGAAGAAGCUGAAGCUGCUGCAAUAUUAGAGCAGGACGAAUCUAACAAUUCGCGAUUAGCUGCAUGGAGAGGUCAAUUGAUUGAUGAUGCAGAUUCUUCUAAAUCCUGGCAGGAGGAAACUGAACUGGGAGCCUUUGAAAUCCUUAGUAGCGGCACAAGUUUACCCCCGAUACAUCAUACGCGAACCACGCCUUUGAAAGCAGACAAUUGGUUUUCCUUCUUUGAUGCGGAAGGACGGCUUCAAGUUGAACUCAAAGAAGUUCGAGCUGCUAUAUUUUGCGGAGGCGUUGAAGAAGAUAUCCGUGUAGAAGUGUGGAAAUUCCUUUUAGGAUUCUAUCCUUGGGAAUCAAGUCAAGUUGAAAGGGAAAACAUAAUGGAAGCAAAACAUCAAGAAUAUUGGAAUAUAAAGCGUAAGUGGUGGGAUUCACCAGAUAUUCAUGACGACCCUGAUUUCCAAGAACAGAAAAAUAGAAUAGAUGUAUAUGAUAAAAUUGACAUAGAGAAAGAUGUUGUACGGACAGAUCGGACAGUGCCUUUUUUUAAGAAUGAAGAUCUUCCUCAUCCUGAACCCUUAUCAUCCUCUUCAAAUUUCACAAAUAAGAAUUUGGAACUAAUGAAGGAUAUUCUGAUGACUUACAAUUUUUAUAAUACAGAUCUUGGUUAUGUACAAGGAAUGAGUGAUUUGUUAGCUCCAAUUUUUGCUGUUAUGCUUGACGAAGUUACAGCCUUUUGGACAUUUGCUGGCUUUAUGGAACGAAUGAAAUCAAAUUUUUACCGAGAUCAAUCUGGUAUGCGUCGUCAAUUACUAACUCUCGACCAUUUAAUACAAUUCAUGGAUCCAAGACUUUAUAAGCAUCUUCAAAGGGCCGAAUCCUUGAAUCUUUUUUGUUGUUUCCGUUGGCUUCUAAUAUGGUUUAAACGCGAAUUUAAAUGGGAUGAAGUGCCGCGUCUUUGGGAAGUUCUUUGGUCUGAUCAUUUGACAGGCCAAUUUCAUAUAUUUGUCGCAUUGGCCAUUUUGGAUAAGCAUCGUCUAGUCAUAAUGGAUUAUCUUAACAAUUUUGAUGAGAUACUAAAGUAUAUUAACGAUCUUUCGAUGACCAUAUCAUUGGAGGAAACAUUAUGUCGUGCCGAAAUGCUCUUUUAUCAAUUUCAAAGAAUGGUCGAAGCUGUUGAUCAAAAACGAUUAGAAUUAGAACAGCAAGAGAGCAAUAGCCAAAAUGAUGAGGGUUUACGUAGAAGGAAGGGCAAAGAGACAGAGACGGAAACGGAGGGUGAUCCUAAGUCGUCAACAGAGUCAACUUCCAAAUUGCCUGUGGUGAAUGACUUACUAAGAAGUUUAUUAAACAAAGAAUUUAUCACACUAUAG